AUGAAUGAUCUGCGCCAUAACCUUACUGAAAGAUACGGUGAUGAUAUUUUUGGUUCUGUUAAAGAUGCUAGGCCAAUCGCACGAGCAAUAUUGACUCGACGUCUCUUAGAUAGAUAUAAACCUAUUCCCAAAACUAACAAAACACCAGACGAAUUUGUUGGAAGUGGAUUGAUUCGAUUCGAACCAUUAAAAAGUAGUAGGCAAAGGGGAUUUAUCACUGCACCAUACAUCUGGCUUUGGAUAUUUGUGGAGAUUUCUCGUGAAGGAGGGGAUCCAUUACUUCGAGAUUGGGAAUUUGAUGAUUAUGGGGAGCAAAGAGCACUUCUGAAUCCAAUAACAUCAUUGCAACCUAAGUCAUGGCAGAGUUUUGAAAGAUUUGUUGCGUCAUUUCGUUGUAUAAAGUCAGCCGUAAUUGAAGAGGAUGAACUAAUAAACAUCUCAGAGGUUCACGGAGGAGCACGUUUGAAUGGUGAUAUCGAAUUUAAAAACCACAAUCUACGACUUGAAAUUGCAAAACACCAUACAGACACAAAAUCUAAAAAUCUCACUGCAAACGUUGAAUGCUAUAAUUCCACCGUUGAUGUCCGACAGUUCAAACAUUGUAUCAUUAAUGCCCCAACUUCACCAUAUGGAGAUUCAUUCCUUUCAUUAGAUCAACCGGGUACCGAGAGUCCGAAUGAAGUCCACCAAUUUAAAUUACGAAAAAAAGCGGUCAGUAAAAAGGAGUACCAAGAGGAACGUGAAAAAUCAGCAUCGGAAAAUGAUUUUUUCAUCCUCUUUACAACUGCAAAUUGCAACAUUGAAAUUCCGAAAAGGUCUGGAAUUGUAGAUAAAAAUACCUUUACGAGCUAUUUUGGACCAUUUGCUGGAAGAGCAUACAGAUCCGCUAUAGCCAAUAAUAAUAAAGUCAAAAGCAUCCAUACCGUUUCCCUUGGACAAAUGUGCAACGUGAAUCAAAUUAGCAAAGAACAAGCGAAUGCAAAAACAAGGAUACCUAUGAAGAAUUUUUAUUUCCCAAAAGGACUUUACAUGAUUUCUCGCAUUUUGCCUCGAUUAAUGUGA